AUGGCUCAAGGUCAAUGGGUCAAAGUCCAGAAAGCUAAAAAGUUUAACCUCCUCUUCCUCAUUGCCUUCAUCCUGAAAGAGCCCUGCCCACGACCACCAGGCUACAUUGCGCAGGCCCAGCCGGAAGGAGCUAAGGGCAGGGAGUAUGGAAAUGAGUACUUGGAAGAGAUCUGCCUUUUCGGGGAAAAUAAUGAAUAUGUAUUAGAGCUCAUCGAGGCGGGGACGCGGCGGAGGGGGCGGCCGAGCUGCAGCCCCCGCCUGCGACGUCUCUCACAGGGCGAUCGGGAGGAGGCCGACAACCCCAACACCGGGAUCGGCGCCUUCCGCUUCAUGCUGGAGUCCAACAAGGGGAAAUCCAUGCUGGAGUUCCAGGAGCUGAUGACGGUUUUCCAGCUGCUGCACUGGAACGGCAGCCUCAAGGCCAUGCGGGAGAGGCAGUGCUCGCGGCAGGAGGUGCUGGCCCACUACUCCCACCGCGCCCUGGACGACGACAUCCGCAACCAGAUGGCCACGGACUGGGUGAACCGGGAGCAGAGCAGCCCGGGGGCCCUCUCCCGAGAGCUGGCGGCCACCGAGAGGGAGCUGGACGAGGCUCGCCUGGCCGGCAAGGAGCUGCGUUUCCACAAGGAGAAGAAAGACAUCCUCAUGCUGGCGGCCGGCCAGCUGGGGGGCGCGCACCCCCCCCACUGCUAGGGGCGCUCCUCGCCCC